AACCAGCGUCGGGUCGUCGGUGUAUUUUUCGUGGCCUCAUUGGAAAAGGUGGGAGCGGCAUAGAGACGGAGUCAUGGCUGCUGUGAGUUUUGAAGAAUUUUCAGUGCCUCCUGGUUCAGAACUGGCAUUGCCUCCUCUUUUUGGUGGAAAUAUCUUAGAAAGUGAGUUAGAAACUGAGGUGGAAUUUGCUGAUGGAGGGAUACCAGAAGAUGAGGAAGAGGAGGAUAUGUUGCGGCAGCAGGAGAUGACUCGGCGCAAGUGUCAAGUGCUUGCCCGACGAUGCAAGGAGUUAGAACAGGUGAAUGAGAGAAUGUUAAACCGGCUCCAUCAAGUCCAGAGAAUAACACUGCGUCUCAAACAGGAAAGGAGGUUUCUCAUGAGAGUUUUGGAUUCCUAUGGUGACGAUUACAGACAAGGCCACCUUGAUAUUGUCUUAGAGGAUGAAGGAAUCCAGAGUGCCGAUGUUGCAACCCCUGGCAAUGCAGAGAAUGAGCCCUGUGGGAAGGAAACCUCCAGGUGCCUGCCUGCCCAAGAGCCAGAGAGCCUCUCCCCUAGCGAAGGCCCCGUCAGCAAGAAGCGGCGACGCCAUCUGCGUGAGGAGAAGGAGGGGAGGGUACGUCGAGCAGCCCCAACAUUGCUGCCCAUGGAGGAAUUUCCUGUGCAGAUAAAAGCUGAAGAAGAUUUCCAGUGUGAACAGGAUGAUGUUCUCGGCUCUGCCUGGCAGCAAUCCAGUCCCCAGGACAAGUUACUCCAUUAUUCAAAGUUUCCCAGCCCUGGUGUCUGUUCUGAUUUUGACUGAGGCUGGCCACUCAUCUAAGGAAAGCAUAUAUACCCAUGUGGCAGCUAGGCUGGCCAUCAGGGUGCCCAAGAAGAUGAAAAUUCCUGCGUCUUCUUUCCUUAGAUAUUAACCAGCAUCUAAGGAAUAGCAGGACAUCAACCCCAUCUGACUCCUCAACUCUAAUCCAGUGAACUGCUGGGGGUGGGGGAAGUGGUAGGAGAAGUGGCGAUGGAGUUUAAGCAAGGAAUCAAUGUGUAAAACUUUGGAGUCAAAUGUGUAAAAAUAUUCAGUGGAUUAGCUUGAACUGAACUGAGUCCAUAAUGGACUCAACUUAUGUCCAUAAACUUUCAAUGGGGAGGCCCAUUUUGAGCAGAAACAUUUGUAUCCUUUCAAGAUUGAGGAAGGGCCCUUUUGAGAGUUCACUGUUCAGCCUUUCCACGUUUGCCCUUCUGGGGGGUAGGGGACAAGUAGUUUUUGUGCAUUAGAAAGUGCACAGAAAACAGCCAUUGCUGCGUUCUACCAUGUCUUUUUCUGUGGAUGUUCUUGGUUGGAAAAACCACCUGUUGAGGGAAGGCUGAGUUAUUUUAAUCUUUCUUCAAGGUUUUUAACCGUGUCUUGAUCUAUGGUAUCAUGAGAUCCAGCAUGAUUAAAUGGCCAAUUUACGUCUGUAUGAAAGGAAAUAAUUUCUGUGCUAUUGACCUGGGUAUUUGCAAAUCGUUUCAUGUGUCAGUUUAAGAACCUUUGCCAGUCCAAAAGAGAGAGAGAACUGGCACCCUUUUCCUGUCGUUUCCUCCUCAAAGAAACAUCCAGUUUCAAGACUAGCCAUAAGGAUCAGGAACUCCCCCUUCCCCCACAUAUACCCUCAAGUUAGGAAUGAUAUUUGAACAAACCACACUUUUGCUCUAAAUGCAUUUUUAGAUUUCAAAGAGAUGUAACUGAACAACAAGCUUAUGGCUUCUACUUUGUGGCAAGAUUUGAAUGAGGUAUUAAACCAAUCAAACGUGA